UUCACGUGAGCCAAUAAAACAAUGCUAAGCAGAUAACCUGCAUUACUGAAAGAUAACUAUUGCCACAGAAGACUCGGGAAGUUUGUUUAAUCAUUGUGUUGUGACCUUAAGGACGCAGUCAUACAACUCUGAACAAAUCCAGUAUUUUUUGAGAUGAAGCAAGCUUUUGCACUUCUAGUGUUCCUGCAUGUUGUACUUCUGGAUGGUGCCCAAGGGAGUGGCUGGUCCAUGACAGUUCCUACAGAGGUGACUGGUGUGGUUGGAAAGCCUCUUAUUUUGCCUUGCUCAUUUACCCAUCCCUACAAGAAUUAUAAUGGUAAUAUUACAGUCAUAUGGAAAACAGACAGAUAUGAUGGGCCUGUUAUUUUCAAAUGCACGGACUACAAUGAAACAGAUGGCUGCAGAAUCUCAGUCAACAAUGGGAAUAAAUAUAAAUUGGAUGGGAAUCCCAGGCAUAAUAACCUUUCACUAAGAAUCCUUCACUUAGGUGAAAACGAUACUAAUACCUACUUCUGCCGUGUGGAGCUCACCACUGAUUCACAUUCUAAGUAUGAAUCUAAAACUGGAACACAGAUACUUAUACCAGGUAUAAACCCUGAGACAGCCUGGUCUAUGAAAAUUCCUCCUGAGGUGACUGGUGUGAUUGGACGAUCUCUCGUUUUGCCUUGCUCGUUCACCCAUCCCUACAGGCAUUAUAAUAGCAGCAUCACUGUCAUGUGGAAAGUAGAAACUUUUGAAGGGCCAGUCAUUUUUAAAUGUACUGAUCAUGGUGGAAGUGGUGAUUGCAAAACAACAAUUAAUCACGGUGACCAUUACAAACUCAUUGGGAAUCCACGACAUAAUGACUUGUCAUUACUAAUUACUAACCUGACUAUAAAUGACAGCAACAUUUUCUUCUGUCGUGUGGAACUUACAGCAAAGCCUAAUGCAAACUAUCAGUCUGCAAAUGGAAUUCGUGUGCACGUAACAGGUACAACAGGUAACCCUGAGACAGCCUGGUCUAUGAAAAUUCCUCCUGAGGUGACUGGUGUGAUUGGACGGUCUCUUGUUUUGCCUUGCUCGUUCUCCCAUCCCUACAGGCAUUAUAAUGGCAGCAUCACUGUCAUGUGGAAAGUAAAAUCCUUUGAAGGACCUGUUAUUUUUAAAUGUACUGAUCAUGAUGGAAAUGGUGAUUGCAAAACAACAAUUAAUCAAGGUAACCAUUACAAAUUCGCUGGGAAUCUACAACAUAAUGACCUGUCAUUACUAAUUACUAACCUGACUAUAAAUGACAGCAACAUUUUCUUCUGCCGUGUGGAACUUACAGCAGAGCCACAUGCUAAAUAUCAGUCUUCAAAUGGAAUUCUUGUGCACGUAACAGAGAUGCCCAGAAUAAUCAGCGUGACAGUCGGAAGUGACAAUCAUGCUGGAUACAAAGCAGUCUGUGUUGCUGAAGGAAUACCACUACCUGCCGUCACAUGGCUUGACCCUAAUCACCACAUCUGCAGCUCUGCCUCGAGAAUUAUUCAUAAACAUCAAAUUAUACAAGAGAUGCACAGCUUGGCUGAGAAUGGAAAAUACAUGUGUGUGGCCGAGAAUAAGCAUGGCAAAGAUACAGCCAAUGUAUUUUUCUUUGGAUUUCAGCCUUUAGGAAAUUCUUCAUAUAUUUUUCUAAUUCUUUGCUCAGCACUUGGAAUUAAGCUCCUUCUAUUUGUAAUAUUAGUGGGAGUUCUUAUCUACUUCAGAAGAGAUGAUCCAUCAGAAACAGCACCUCAGAGUUCCAGCUGCCGGAAGCGACAAGAGUCCACUUAUGAAAAUGUUCGAGAGCAGUCUCCACAGUAAGAACAAAAAAGGAGACAUUUGCUGCUGGGCAAGCCAAGUACAGCUUUAUUUCAGAAUUAUACCUAUCUGUUUGUCUGAUUAGUUGUUCUCCAAUUAUACAUACAAAAUGGAAUGAAAAACCUAAUGGGGACUUACUGCAUUGUUAAAUUAGCAUUUCACAGCAGUAUUUGUGAUGUCCGACUAAUUAAACCAUUAUUUAUUUUGGGUACAGUGGAUUUUGUCAGAAUGCCCUUGGUCAAUUUUAAAUGCAUUAUGCAUUACAUGAAGGUUGUUUAUUUCUUUAUUUAUUUUGCAUUUGUAUUUUAGAAUUGUGUUUUAGUCUGUGUUCACUUUGUUUUAA